AUGGCGGACAAAACUAAACAAGUUGACAUCUCUGGCAAUUUGGGACAUGAGAAAGCUCCAUUAGUAGCCAUAGGCCAGUUUACCUCGACCUCCGACCUCGCCCACAAUUUCGCCCAGUGCCGCACCCUCGUGCAACAAGCAACCCAAGCCGGCGCCCAGGCCCUCUUCCUCCCGGAAGCAAGCGACUACAUCGCCGCCUCGGCCGCCGAAAGCAUCAGCCUCGCCAAGCCCGUGGACCAGAGCGAGUUUGUGCUGGCCUUGCAGGACGAAGCUCGCCGCUGGAAACUACCCAUCCACGUCGGCGUCCACGAGCCCGCCGCCGACGGCCACAAACUCAAGAACACUGUGCUGUGGAUCGACGAGCGUGGUGAGAUUGUGCAUCGGUACCAGAAGAUUCAUCUGUUUGACGUGGAUAUUGAGGGGGGGCCGGUGCUGAAGGAGAGCGAGUGUGUGGCCCCUGAGUUGUUUUCGUGCAGCGUUAUGUUGCUAUUUAGCAUUGGAAGCAUUGGUGUCUUAGUGCCAUUUGCUGAGGCUGGCGCCAGGUCGGGAACCACAACUGAGAAACGAGUGAGCUAUGGGCAUAGCAUGAUUAUCGACCCAUGGGGUACGGUAUUAGCCGAUCUUGGAGACGCCGGCGACGGCCCCAAGAUAGGUACUGCCGUGAUCGACCACAACUUGCUGCGGAAGGUUAGGACGGAGGUGCCGCUGCGCAGACGGACGUAG